AUGAUAAUUAAUAACAGAAAGUCCACCUUUAAUAAUGCCGCUGAUGCCAAUAAUGACGGCAGCAGCAGCAGCAGCAGCAGCAGGCGCAGCAGCAAAGGCAGCAGCAGGAGCGGCAACGAAGGAGCAGCAGCAGCAGCAGCAGCAGCAGAGUCCGAGGACCAGCUCAAAGUCGCGAUGCUGCCAGCAGCAGCAACAGAUUCAGAAACAGACGCGGAGAGCGAAGCGCCUGCUGCUGCUGCUGCAGCAGAAAGUCCUGCUGCAGCAGCAGCAGCAGCAGGUUAUGUGGGAAUUGAAGUUGAAGACAUUGACCCCCUAGACAUCCACGUCGAAGAAGGCGGCAGAAACUUCUCUCUAGGACAGAGGCAGCUCAUUUGCCUUGCAAGGGCCCUUUUGCGGCGUUCAAAGAUUUUGCUGCUGGACGAGGCGACAGCAGUUGUGGACCCGAAGACAGACAGUCUUAUUCAGCAAACGAUAAAGACGGACUUCAAAGACUGCACUGUCAUCACCAUCGCCCACCGCAUAGAGACCAUUGUCGACUACGACAAAGUGAUGGUUUUGGCGGAUGGGCAAAUAGAAGAAUUUGAUUCUCCUCGAAAGUUGUUCCAGAAAAAAGAAA